GUCGUGGGUGUGUAUAGAGUAGCGCGCAGCGAGCGGCUUCGGCUUCAGUGCAGCGAGUCUCCAACGCAGAUAUGGACGUCGAGCAGAUGGGUCCCCAAACCUUCCUCUACGGCUGUGAGCUGAAAGAGGGAAAAGAAGUCACUUUCAGCCCUGAAGAUGACGACUUUGAGCAUCAGCUAUCCAUCAGGAUGGUUUGUGUCGACCCAGCGACGAAAGAUGAGCUGAACAUCGUGGAGGUUGAGGGACAGGACUCAGAGGGUCAGAAGGUCAAAGCCGUGCUGGCCACGCUUAAGCCGUCCACCCUGCCCAGCGUCUGUUUGGGUGGGUUUGAGAUCGCCCCUCCUGUUGUUUUCCGGCUGCGGUCCGGCGCUGGUCCAGUCCACAUCAGCGGGCAGCACCUCGUCAUCACAGGAGGAGAUGAGUCUUUUGAUGAAGAGGAAGAGGAGGAAGAGGAAGAACUGAGGACGGCCAUGAAGAGGGCGGCUCCAGUGAGCAUAAAAUCUUCAAAAAAGAUGAAGAUGGAAGAGGAGGAUGAGGAUGACGAUGACGAGGAUGAUGAUGAGGAUGAUGAUGAGGAUGACGAGGAGGAAGAAGAGCUUGAAGAGACGCCUGUGAAGGCCAAGAAGCCUGCAGCUAAACCCCAGACUCCAGCUCAGAAUGGCAAAGGGCCCAAACCCAACACACCAGCCGCCAAACAGAACAAGACGCCAGAGUCCGGCAAGAAGAAUGAGAAGAAACCACAGACACCCAAAAGCCCGAAGUCCCCCAAAACCCCACAGGCGCCUCUCACCGUCCCGGAGAUUAAGGCCAAAAUGAUGGCCAGCGUUGAAAAGGGAGUGUCGCUACCAAAACUUCAACCCAAGUUUGAGAACUACGUGAAGAACGGCUUCAAAGUAACCGAUCCAAAGGUAGUUGAAGAGCUGUGGAAGUGGAGACAGACUGUGAAGGAGAAGAACUGAAUCAUUUUAUUCUGUUAAAUUAUAUUUCCACUUUUUUUUUUUCUUUUAUUUUACGGUCCCUUUUGAGUUUGUUAAAUCCGUGCCAUUCCUUUUAAAGUUCCUUUAAAAGUGACUUUACUCAGACUGAGCUCUGAAAUCCAUUCACUGUAACUGUUUCCGCUUCGUCCUCUUUUUCCUGCUCGUGUUCGAGAUCAGUAACAGGGUGGCCACUGAGGGAGUGGCGAUGCUUGGGAGCACGUACUCCUUUUCCUUUUUUUAAUUUCUUUUCUUUCUUUUUCUCUUUUUUGAUUUAAGUUCUGAUUCAUGCCAGUUUCCAGUGCUUUUGAGGCUGUAUGUAAUUUCUGUCCUGCACCAUCAAAGACAGAAUAUCCUCAUCCACAUGUGUGCACAUGUUCUUAUAGUGCAGUUAAAUGGAGGUCUCUGAACAUUUCAGGGUUGUAUGUGUUUUAAAAGCAUGACAGUCCAAACUCGGCAGCGUUAGUGAAUAUGCAGUAAUAUAACCAGAGAAUGAAGUAUGUUUGGUUCGUUGUUGGGCCUGUCAGGAGUACAGUUGUCCACAUAUGCAUACAACCUGUCCUGUACUUUUUGCAAUGAAAAGUUACAUUUUACUGCGCAAGAAUAAAUGUUUUUGGGGAAAAUA